UUUAACCGCACUUGGCACUCGGUUGGCUAGAAAUAAUAACAAAGAGGUUAUUUGAUGAUUUGUUUAUUCAAUAAAUUCCAAAAAUAAUAUAAGGAAUUAAUAUUACGAAGGUUGAAAUAUUUAAGUGUCGGUUGUUGUCAUCAAGCAAUAAUUAUUGAAAAUGAACGAAGACAAGUCCAUUGAAAUCCAAAAACAAGUGCGCGACAAUUCAUCUGAUUUAAGGACUGAAUUUUUGGAUAUGAAAUAUUGGGAAGAAAAAAUGAAAAAAGCUGAAGCUGAAUUAACAAACACCGCUGAUGAUUCUCACCAGAUUUUGCCACCGGUAAGAAAGAAGAAAAGUUCUAGAAUAAAAUCUAAGACUAAAGAAAAUGGAACUAAAGCUAAAAGAAUAAAAUCUUAUGAUUAUUCUGCUUGGGAUAAUUUUGACGCGGACAAAGCUUGUGAAGAAAUAGAAAAAGAGAAUGAAUCUGAAGAUUCUGGAGAUGAAAAUCUUAGCAAAGAAGAAUUGGAAAAAAAAUACGAUGAAGCUCUUGUUCAAAAAGUACUUGGGAAUAAAUAUGUUACUGAAAAAAAAUGGGAUAAAGCAAUGGCUUGUUACAAUGAAGCUAUCAAAAUAUUUCCUUAUGACGCUGUUUUUUAUUCCAAUCGUGCUCUUUGUCACCUAAAGAUGGACAACUUGUAUUCAGCAGAAUCGGAUUGUACAGCAGCAUUACAGCAUGACGAGCAUUACGUCAAGGCGUAUCAUAGACGUGCGACAGCCAGGAUGGCCUUAAAACAGUAUAAAGAAGCUAUAAGUGAUUUGGAAAAAUUGUUGACGCUGGAAAAAGAUAACAAGGAAGUUAAAAAAAUGCUUGAGACGGCACGAAAGUAUCUUAAUAAGUCUGAUGUUUCUUUGAUGGCUGAAGUCUCUUCGUUAGAUAAAAAAAAUGACGUUGAGAAAAAAGAAAAAAAUAAUAAAAUUACUGAAAAAACAUUUAAAGCUGAAAAAGAAGUCAAAAAUAAAAUUGAAGAAAUUAAAGAAAAUAAAAUUGAAGUAAAAAAAGAAAAUAAAAUUGAAGAAAAAAAAGUGCCUGAAUCUAAGUCAGUAAUUAAAUACCGUGAAUGGUUACCAAUAAUUGACAAAGAUGUAGAUAUAAUUAAACCUAUCAACAAACUACCUCAUCAAAGAAUAAAAAAACCACUUAAAUCUAUACCGAUAAAUAUUACCGAUUUUACUAAAUGGUCUGAUGGUAAAGAGUCUUCUCAAUCUUCAAAAGUAUCUACAGAUACAGAGUCAUUGAACAAAGUAGUUAAUAAAAAUAAUGAGGCUGAAAAUAAAAAUAUUAAAAAUGAAAAUAAAAUCGAAGUGAUUCCUGCAGUCCCACGUACUUCUGUUCAAUUCUGCGUCGCUUGGCGGAAGCAUAAAUCACCAGAGUUUCGCUAUAAGUAUUUGAAACAAUUAUCCGCUGACAGUAUUCCCACGUUAUUUCAAGACUCCAUGGAAUCUGAUACAUUCAGUGAAAUAUUGACCAUCUUAAAAACACAUUUCAUUGAUCACGGUGAUCCUGUUUAUGGUUACUUGAAGUACUUGAGUGAAAUAAAGCGGUUCAGAACUCUGAUAAUGUUUUUGGGAAAAAAAGAAAAAGAAGUUUUAACAGCUCUAUUUGAUUACUGCAAAUCAUCCGAAGGUCGAAGCAACGAGACAAUUACUGACCUGCGUAAAAAAUACGAACUCUAAUAUACCUCAACAUAAAAAAAAAUUUUUUUUCUUUAACAACAUUAUCUUUGAUUUUUUUUUUUUUUACAAUUCAAUUUAAAAAGAUUAUUUUCAUCAUUUAUAUUUUCAGUUUAAAACACACACAAGUUAAAAUAAUAUUGAACAAUUGAGCUGAUAAGUAUUUAAAUUAAUUAUCAAGUUAAAUUAUAAGAGUACGAAAGCGCAUGUGCAGUGUAUAUGGUGUUACUGAGUCAUUGGUAUCUUGAAGCACAUUAUCGCAGCAUUCCUCAAAUAAACUACUAAUUUAAAUAAA